AUGGCUCCUCCAGUAACAAUUCAAACUAAAGAAGAAUUAGACAUUUUAGAAAAAGUAAAUCGCAAGAACCGUAAAGACGAUACGAAGAAAUCAGCUAAACCCAAGAAAUAUUCAAUUACUCAGUAUGAAUGUUUCGAUAAUGAUAAAGGACAAAUAGAGUGCUUUCCAUUUAAAAGAAUAUUUCAACAAGUCGGUGAAUACCGUAGAGAAAUUACUGAUGAAACUACGAAUAUGUAA